GCUGCACGGUUUCAAUCUGGUCUGUCGUCAGCAAGUCAAGAGGGGACUCGACCGAAAUUUGCAGCUCGAGAAACUGCGAGCAAGCAACACAGCAUCUUAGCGACAGGAAAACGACGCAACGGUUGCUGUUUGUCGACGGGUGUGAGAAACGACGAAACGGAGUUUGGAGAACGACGACGACGGUCGAGAACUUUUCAUUUCGAUACGACGCAAGCAGCAGAAGUGACUUGCGCACGCAAAGUGCAGCCGUUGAAUGACUUUAUGAUGAGUAUUGUUAGUGCGACGCAGAUGAGAGAUCAGAACGGGUCCGAGCUUCUGAAAGAGAGUGGCAGCAUUCAACGAGCUGGCGACACUUCCGCCCUGCAAGCCAACCCUGCGUCGUUAGACGACGAGGCAAAAACGCUACAACAGACACGGACAAGAAGCCCAAAAGCGUCGGUCGGUCGAUCUAGCUAUAUUACGUCUCCUAAUCCGACGUCUGAGGUGCUGCACAUGACGAGGGGAGCAAGUAGGAGGCUGAGCCAAAGCUCUCCUGAACAGGCACCACCUCUGGCCUCUGACCGCGCCCGCACAUCAAUCACCACGUCGCCGACAAGACAGACUGCUAAGGGUACGAGAAGCAAGACGGCGCAGAGCACUGGAUCGGCGUCCGGCAAUCGGGAAGAAAAAGACGGUGCCGGAAGUGUGCAGUCGACAGGGCGUGCCGUUUCGUCUGGAAGGCAAGGAGCGGGAAAAAGUCAGAAAAGCAACGUCCAAUCAGAAUCCGAUAUUUCGCAGCAGUCGCAGUACGCGAUUGCCAAUGCUCAAGCUGCUCGGACGACGUCAUCUAAUAUGAGCGCUCCUCCCAGUGCGGCUUAUUUAUCUCAAGCGUUAGCUGGAGUGAGUGGUCAGGGAACUCAUGUCAUACCGACCGAAAUCAUGGAGACACUGUACAGGAAUGCCGAUCCGUGCAGUGUACUGCAAAUGUUGACGACGCUGCAAGCGUUUGGCGUGUCUACAGAAGUUGCUUCUCACCUGCUACAUGCUGGUGUGAUGGAGCAGGGAAUACAAGGACAGGGUGUGGCAUCUAAUCUGAAGGAGGCAAACACACAGAACCCAUCCAGCUCUGAGGCGCCCAAGCGGCACCAUUCACAAGCUGAUACAUCAAAAGAGCUCGAGCCCUCACCAAAAAAGGCUAAAGUUAGUGGCACUUUGAAUGCUCCAGAAAGUUUGUUAUCAAAGAGUUCUGGCCAGAAUCAAUGUGAUGUUUGCAGCAGAACGUUCAGUUCAGCCAGUGGUUUGGCAAAACACAAGCUUACACACAGUGAAGAGAGGAAGUUCAUUUGCCAUGUCUGUGGAAGAGGAUUCAAACGACAAGAUCAUCUGAACAGCCAUGCAUUGACCCAUCGUGAAAAAAAGCCAUAUAGAUGCACAUAUGAAAGUUGUUCAAAGAGCUACUGUGAUAAUCGGUCACUACGUCGACACCUGGAGAAUCACCAUGCCAAUGAUGAAUCUCAACUUGGUGCAACAACUGAUGCAAAUCAAAAUGUGGAGGAGACUCAGAUGAGAAGUGGUGGCACUGAGAUGCCUGUCAGUGUCGAUAAUCAGCCUGUUUCAAGUGACAGUCAGGCAGUCAGUGGUUUUCCUGUUCAGUCUUUGCCUGAGUCUACCAUUCACUCGUCUGCCUCUUCCACUACAUCUCUAUUUUCUGACAGAACAGUUUCCGGUGCUAUUUCAUCAGCUAAUAUUGCUUCUUCCGGCAUGACUCAAUUUCCCACAACUGUUGCAGACGAACAACAUGCCAGUAAACAGUGGAAUGAAAUAGCAAUGUCUUCUGUACCUUCUGUCUCCCAAGCUGCAAACAAGUAUUUGGGAAACAAACCACCUCUUUUAAUUAGCGUUGUACAGCCCACAAUUUCAAGCAAUUUUACUCUUAGAGCUACCUCGGUUCCAUCUUAUAGUUCAAGUUUAUCAAAUAUUCCACAAGUCGAAGGGCAUGGUACAAACAGACUGUCAUCGAGUCAACCAAUAACCCUGCCACCUGUGUAUCCACAUGAUACUGCUAGUGAAGCUUAUCAGAGUUAUCUUGCUGCUAUGGCAAAAAAGAAACAAGAGGAACAGGCAGCAAAACCAGGUGAACUUUUUCCUGCUGGAGUUGGAGUAGGAUUAGAUGUGAAGAGCAUCAUACAACAGCCUGUGGCAAGUCAUGGAUUGACAGCACCGGUGAGCUUACCAGGUCAGUGGACGUUUUCUUCAUCAGCAAGUGGUUCGUCUACACCAGCAUUCAACGUGGCACCAUUUCCUCCAAGUUAUGUAUCUCCUACUCUUCCUACAUCAAGAUACCAAUACCCUCUUGGAGCUAAUGAGUCUUUAUUGCAACCACGUCCUCCUCUUGCUGCUCCAGCUCAGCCAACCGAUGCUCAACUGCUUGCUGUUCUGAUGGCUGCUGCUCCUCCACCUCCCUCACCGAUCUUUAAUGUUAAUAACUGGCCAGCCGCAGCAGCGGCAGCAGCUUUAGGUAUGGCCGGUUCUCCUUAUCUCUUUCAACAAAUGCUGGCUGGUUUUAUGCAUCAAGCUGCCGUGUCUAGUCCGUUGCAUGGAUUGACUUCUGGAAUGAACUAUGUAAGCCCUGUCCAUGUUCAGCGACCAGUUGGCAGCUCUGCCAUUGCGGAUGGGAGUGUUGGACAAAAGAAAGAAGAUGAUGUGUUUAACUCAACUUCAAAGAUAGCAAUCAAAUCAACAUCAAGUGGUUCUUCUGUUGUGCAAGUCCAGUGUCCCAUUUGUGAACGUUUCUUUAAGAACGUGAAGUCGUUGAAUGGUCACAUGCGUCUUCACGGAGGGUAUGAAGGUCACAAGACUUUAACCAAUAUUUCAUCUGUUGUGCCAGUUACGAAACAAAGUCCAGUUGAAGACUCUGCAACUCCUUUUAGUGCACUUCUGAAAGCUGUUGAGGUGACAAAAGAACGCGAGUUAGCCAGUGAGGUGGGCAACGAUGCUAACAGCACCAGACAAAAGAAGAGGCACUCAACUAAAGGUCAGGAAGUUCGGUUUUCUGAGCAGCCAAUGCUUGUUGAACAAAGUCCUAGUGAAAGAAGUCAUGGUUCAUCGUAUGAUGAGUUUUGUCUGGUUUCGUCAGAAGAUGAUAGUUUUGUAGUUGAUGAUUCCAAGGCAGUCAAUACUCAACAGAUGUAUUCGGGCUCUGACAGUGGAUCGUCAUCUGCUGUCAGUUCACCUAGUAGACCAGAAGGAGAUGGAAACGUCUUGUCUCCCACACCUUCACUCUCUGAUGGCAGUUCAGCUCGUAAACGAAAGCGACCAGAAAAUCUUGUCUUGAAAAUUCCAAGUGAACAGAGGGAAUCAAGUGUUUUCAGCAACGAUGAUGCAGAAGUAGUUCAUCCAACAACUCCACCUCCAUACACUCCACCUCCUAUUCUUAGCCCACAUAUUACUGUUGGAUUAUUGGGAUCUCCGUUGAAGAGCCCACGUAUGAGCUUGCUGGGAACUCCCGUCAUAACACCACAUUCUGCAAUUACACCUGGUAGUUCAAAGUUCAAUAUUCCAUGGAUGCCAAGACGAAUUAGUACUGAUCAGGGAGGUCAGGAACAAGAGAUAACACUGACACCGAAAAUCAAUAUUGGUGCACAGUUCCAGGCAGAGGUACCACCACUAGCAGAUGAAGUAUCUCGACGUAAUGCUUUGAAAACAAGGCAUCGAGCAACUAAAGUCUGGUCGCCGAUGAACAACGGUCGUAUAAAAUCAAGAGAACUGGACACAUACUUCGAACUGUCUCGUUCUGGUCUUGUUCCAUUUUCAGGAUCUAACAAAGAAUUUGCUCAUCACAUUCUCUAUUGGUGCAAAGGCAACAUCAAGGCCUCCGUAAAGGUACUUUUGAGUGGUAAAUCACCACUUCCAGCCGAUCAUCCAAUGGAAAACUAUCGUUAUCCAGGUUCUUCACGGUGGAUGCGGUCUGACAGACAAGUUUUCAAGAAAGCGUGGCGAGAACAUGGCAAACAAUUUAGACUUAUUUAUAAGGCUUUGGAGGGAAAGAAAACGGUGAAGGAAAUAAUAGAGUAUUAUUACUUCUGGAAGAAGUACUGUAACAAUGAAUAUCGAGGCCGAACGAGGAGAGACAGUCUAGAGGUUGAUUCUGAGGAAGAGUUCAAUACUGGUCCUCCAUUUGAAUGUGAAUUUCCAGCCUGUGAUGCAGCAUUUCCAACAAGACAAGGGCUGAAUGGGCACAUUCGAAUUCAUGGCGGAAAUUUUGUUUAUCGUAUUGAGACACGACGAGCUCGACGAGAUGAAAAACAGAGGCAGAGAGGCUUGAGGGAUCCAAGAAGUGGAACAGCUAGUCUUACUCCUUCACCAUCACAUCAAAGGAUUGAGUGGGAUGACGAGGAGGCAGGGAAUGAAACAGUUGCCGGUGGUCAACGCUUUGGGCAUGUCGUCGAUGAAAAGACUGCUGUAGUGGCACCAAUCUUACCAAACUACGCCACUAUACCUUCUUUCAUUGGAUUAACUUCUACCCAUGCUCAUCCAUCAUUCUUGCCAUUAUCAAUUUCGGGUGCACUAAAUGAUCCUCAGAUGAUGGGAGUGCAAGGAAAUUUUGCUCAUUUAGCUACUGGCAUGAUGCCUUCAAAUCUGCAAGAUCUUUCCAAUUCUCCUGCAGGAAAGAGUGGAAACGGGAAACGGGUGUCUGGAGGGCGGUCAACACCGACGACUGAUGGAAAACCUGAAUUCAAAUGUAAAGUUUGUGGUCGAGUGUUUCCUAAGGUGAAGAGUCGAAGUGCACACAUGAAAAUUCAUUCAUCUCGUUCAGAUCACUAUUAGCGAUGCUUUUUGCCAUUUACCGAACUACACUCUACUUUAUAUUUGCAACAAAAGGUACAUCAUUUGAAGUGAUAAGUGCAGCUAUGAAGAAAGUAGUAUACAGUACUUUAGUUUGAUGAUGCAAUCAUGUCAGAAAUGAAUGUAUGGUUUAGCUUAGUAGCAAUUGAUCCGGCAGAUAGCAGAGAUGACAAUAUUCUGACCUUCUUUUACUGUAUUUAUUAGAGAUAUGUUAAACUAAGAGUCUAUUACGGUACUCUGUUGUCUGUGUAGACUCCGAGGAAAAGUUAUGUACACAUGGCUCUCUCUGUUUUUAACUGGUCCGGGAUUUUUAAGACAUUGUCACGUGAUAGAGGUGGACGAAUCAACGAACAGAGCAAAAAGGUGCA